ACAUAGUGCAUUUUUCGGGCAGGCUGAACUGUGAAAUAAAAACAAAAUAAACUGCUCAGGAGUUUGCUUCACAGCGGUGAAGUGUUUGAUUUGCGAUUUGUUUAAGCCUUUGUGUUAAGAAAAAGUGUACAUUUGCAACCGAGGAAGGCCCAACCGAGCUGGUCAUCGAUUUUUCACGCAGUCUGCUUAAAAGGGGCACUGCUUGCCCCCUGUUCACUCCGGUGUCGGGACGUUUCGUGUGGUGUCGCAUUUCGUGUUAUGGUGGGUGUCUCCGCGAAGGAUAAACCAUUCCCGAACAUGUCCCGCAGUGUCCGUGCCGAAACCCGUGCCAGCAAGAAAGAUGACGUCAAAAAGUUUAUGCUCUCGAUGGACCGCGUCCGCCGUUGGGAGAAAAAGUGGGUAACCAUCGGCGAGACGUCGAUGAAGAUCUUCAAGUGGGUUCCGAUAUCCAGCAAGGAAAACAAAAAGGGCCUGCUGAAGAAUGCCUCCGGGGUAGGUGCCGUUAACGCAAGCAAUGGUUUAAGCACAUCGGUCAGCAAUGCAGCUACGGUCAACAGUAACAGUAACAGCAACAGUAGUGAGAAUAAGGAAAAUAGCAGAAAACCUGGAACUGACUCUAACUCGAACUCGAAUUUCGCUUUGACCACGGAAGAUUCCAACACAUGUUUUUCGCUUGUGAGUGAUUCCCAGGGAGCGACAGAGUUCGUCUCAAACAUGCCCUUCUCGGAGGAUUCGAACUCUCAGGGCUCCGACAGUGCACCAAAGCGAUUGAAAAGCGACUAAACCGGAGCACUCCCUGGUGUGCAAUCACAAGACAAGAAAAAAACCCUAUUGUUCGUAAGUUAUCCAUCAUUAAUUUCCGUUGUUCGGUAGCGCGAGAGCGAUCAUCUGAUGUGUGAGAAAAAAAAUGAUUGAUUUGUACAAACUUGCUGUAAGGAUGAUAACAGUGUUUGCAAUUAGUUUUUAGAUAUUCUACAUAUUUCAAAAAUAGGAUCUAUAGGUCUACGUUUUCUAAGGGGGAUCAGCCCUUUUACGAUGGUACGAGCAAAGCAACGGUAGACAGACUGUUCUCUAGAUUUGAGGAAUUUCAUGAUCUUAGCGUUUUAGACUUCAUGACCAGUUGUCUGGCGAGACAAAAACAUGUACUUGUAAUAAUAUUAUUUAAUCUAACAAACGAAAUGCUUUCACAGUCAUAUUUAAACUUUAAAAACGAAAAUUUUGAUAUCAUCAGCUAGAUUUUGUCUACUCUUAACAAACAGCUCGCGUUUUGUCGUCUCGUACAGGGGCUGCCAUGUGUUGCUCUUCAUGUGUAGAUUGCUAGCUGCAUUUUCCGUAUAUUUUAGAAUAAACUUCAAAAAUCUGCAAAGUGGAAAAGUAUGGCAGAUAUUAAAGAAACCCAUAGA